AAGUCGGGAUUGACAUUAACAAUAUCCAUUCUAUAUAAACGUGCCCAUUCUCCUUCUCCAUAUUCAAAAUCUUCCACUUCCACAUUCAAACUUUUUAGAUCUAAAGCUCUCCUAAACCGUUAGCUUCCUCAGUUUCUAUGGCCACGCCUAAUGAAAUAUCUGCGCUUGAGUUCAUCGAGCGACAACUGUUUGAUGAAAAUUCUCCUAUGGCCGGAUUUAAUUCGAAUUUUUGUGCAGGUCAGUGGAUAAACCAAGCUAAAUCUCAAGUUUCGACUUCUGUGUCGGAUUCUUGUUUGAGCUCACAAGCUUCUAGCUCUGAUUCCUCGAAUAGCUACUUCAACACCUCCCCUUUCUGUGAAUUUGAAACCAAACCUCAAAUCAUCAAUCUUGUUUCGCCGAAGAUCUCUCAAUCGGCUGACGAUUCCUUUGUGUUUGACAUCAAACCUCAAUUUCAAACGAAUAUUUAUGGCUCCCAAUUCGAAUCCAAGCCAAACGUUUCUCGGAAUUCAUCAUCUCAAGCCACUAGAAAACCCUCUCUACAAAUCUCACUCCCCAAAAAAACCGAGUGGCUCGACUUUUCUAACCAAGAUACACAGCCCAAACAGAUGAGUUCAGAAGUUGUGGCGGAAACACAGCAUUACAGAGGCGUUCGACGGAGGCCAUGGGGAAAGUACGCGGCGGAGAUCCGGGAUCCUAACCGGAGAGGAUCACGUGUCUGGUUAGGGACUUUUGACACUGCCAUUAAAGCCGCCAGAGCCUACGAUAGAGCGGCGUUCAAGCUACGCGGCUCAAAAGCCAUCCUCAACUUUCCACUGGAAGCCGGCGAGUGCUACUCGGGAGCCGAGGCUAGUAAGUACGACUCGCGCGUAGAGGCUAGCGCGUGUGAGACAAAGCGGAAAAGAGCAGUUGAAAAUGAGGAAGAAGAGAAGAGGCAAGUGAAGGUAGUGAAAACGGAAAGUGUAGAGACGGUUAAGGAUGCGCCAUGGACGCCGUCGAGCUUCUUAGCAUUGUGGGAUAUGGAGUCGGAGAGUGAUGUGAAAGGAAUCUUCAACGUUCCUUUAUUGUCGCCCUUAUCGCCUCACCCGCCGUUGGGCUAUCAGCAGUUAAUGGUUCUCUGAUGGAGUUACAGUUACUGUAUGGCGUGAAAUUUUUCGAGAGAAUGUAUAUGCUAAAUAAUUUCAUAUUUUUCUUUAUGAGAUUUUAAUCCAGUAGAUGUAAUUCACGUUUCUUUUAUAGGACUUAGGAUCUGUAUGAUGAAUUGAUGAUCAAUAAAAGUUGCAUACAAUCAUUCACAACCA